UCAAUCUUUUCGAUUUCCCGCUGAGAAAUUAUCGGUUUAAGCCUUUUCGAUUUCAGCAUCGGUUCGUGGGUGUUCCCUUGAUGCGCAUAACUUUUCACUUUGUUCUGUCAUUUGUGAAAUAUGAAGUACCUUGUGCACGAUCUCAUUUCGUUUUUUGAAGUGAAGUGCCGUCACCUCACAACGGCUACCUCUACGUACAACCUUGUCGGCUGUGUAUAUCGGCCGUAUUUCCACCGCAACUUUUGUGGCAAAGAGGUAGAACCAGGAAGAGACUAAUAAGCCUCGAAAGAAGAAGAUGGGAUUCGACGAGAGGUUUCCCACGCUGAGAAACUGGCCCGCCACCGACCCGGCGUUUUUGGAGGGCGUGCACGACCAAUACAAAGCGCACUUUCCGGAGUACAGUAUUGACACCCCGCCAACGGAGGAGAACAUCCGCGAAGCCAGCUUCCGGGACCUGCUCGCGGUCUGCUUCGGGCGAAGCAUACAGACCGUCAAAGAUCAGCAGUUUGCGGACAAAACAUGGGAAAUGGCAAUGCAGGACUUGGUGCGGAAGUGGAGAGUAAACAGGUACUUAAUUGCGUUGUUUCGAUACAGUUCUACUUCUACCUUAGUCGAGUGCAAUCGGUUGCGCUGCGAUUGAAGGUGCAUGAGAAAAAAUCAUCAAACCGGUUGCUUCAAUACGAAGUAUGACAUCAAGUGUCCCUUUCACAACUCUUCAGGGGUUCUAUCAACAUCAACGACCGCAUUGGGGGAAUCCCCUACCUGCACUUGAUCUGCAAAGUCGGGCAGUGCCGGUACCGUGCCCACCCGGGCCAGGAUCCGCGCCCCAUGAACCAGAUCCCGACCCGCAACCUCUUACUGGAAACCAUCCUGAAGGAAGCCAAGGACCUGAACGUCAACGCCGUCGACUUCCGGGGUCACUCCGCCCUGAACUACUGCUACAGUUACACCUUUGAGGUGACAAACGUUCCGGAAAUCGGGCCAGACGGGCAGAGAAGGAACAAGUGCGCGUACGCCGUGUCCAUCCACUGGGCCUCGGUCCGCAUGCUGCUGGCCCGCGAGGAGUGGGUUGCGCUCGAUUUCCCGGUCCCCGGCGGACAGUUUGGGAACAUGCAGUUGUUGCAUUUGCUGAAGCGCAGCUACUUGCUGUUCCAGGAGGAAAAUCACAAGCAGUUCCCGGCCAAGGUGCACCACGAUUUGCUGCAGACAAUAAACAAGUGCGGCGCUGAGGUGGAGCUCGCGCGGACGCUGCGGUUUUGGCCCAUGCAGGAGAAGCUGCAGAAAGACAACACAAAAUACGAUUGCACGCUGCUCACCCGCACAAUCAGCAAACGCUGGGGCGACGGGUUGAUGCUGUUUUUGAACGAACCCGCAACCGAGGAGGUAGUGGAAAACAUCUGGAGACAUCCGGCGUUUGAUAGGUACAGAACAACGUACUUGAUAGAUUGUACUUACAGUUACAAGGCGCAAGAAAAGACAGGGAUGUUAUGAUUUCUGUAGUGGUACCCGUACCGGUAUGAUGGAAAAAUAGCGGUAUGACAGUAUGAAGAUCGAGGGAAAAAGAACAUCAAAAUUUCCGCAUUCACAACAGAAUGGGUUUUCUGGACGAAAUCUGUCUGGUCGAAGGCAACAACGUGCGAAGAUGGCGUGACAUCGACGUCAAUUCUAUGUACCUCGUGGACAAGUUCAACUGCACAAAGAAGGCCUGGUACUACGUGAUGCAUGCGAUUCAGUUCCAGAAGGGCGCAGAGCUGAAGGAUCAGCUGGUAUAGUUUUUUUUGACGGAAUAGGAAGCUUUAUUCCGAGACUUUGAAGCACAACAAGAAUGUGAACGGCUCCCGCAUUUGGUCGAAUAUUACUAAUAUUCGACCAAAUGCGGGAGAGAUAGGGAGAUAGGGAGAGUCCCCCUAAAAGGGGGCAACAAAAACAAAACCAAAUUGAUCGCAAACAGCACGGUACGGCCACGACAACAUCUUUCGAAAUCUGGGGCGGAAAUGCUUCCGAAAUCUGAUGAGGGAAAGUUGAAAUGGUCAUUGCAAUUUUCCUUCGAUGAGGGAAAGUUGAAGCGGCCAUUUCAAAUAUCCUUCGAUGGGGGAAAGUUGCAGUGGCCAUUUCGAUUUUCCUUCGAUGAGGGAAAGUUGAAGCGGCCAUUCUAAAUUUCCUUCGAUGAGGGAAAGUUGAAGCGGCCACUUCAAAUAUCCCCCCAUGAGGGAGAGCUGCAGUGGGCAUCUCGAUUUUCCUUCGAUGAGGGAAAGUCGAAGUGGCCACUUGCGUUUCAAAUUUCCUCUGAUGAGUCAACGGGCGCGCGGUGCUCGUUUGCCUUCGAAUCGAUGCAACGCCAUUGGCUGCGUAUGGGGUGAGUGAAUGCGCGCGCGCAGCGCGCGCGCAAAAUUUUUUUGGUUCUACGGCUUACCAAAACGGAGCAUACCGUCGUGAUUCAAGGGGAUGAGGUUUACUACGGCUCUCCCUAUCGACCUAUUCUCCCUAUUCCGCUCUCCCUAUUCCCUCGAUUCACUACAGUCGUAUAUAUAUUAGUUAUGUGUUUGUUCAUCAGUUUCAGUUUACUCACGCCCACACGGCACCUCAUGUCAGAUCCUUGGCGUUGAAUGAGAGCACCUCCGCGAAGUUGUAGAGAAAAAGAUUUUCUGUGCAAAAACUACUACUUAUUCAUCACACCAGGCGGCCCAGGGCAACACCGUUUCCAUGCAGGUGGGUGGGAAGCAGCCCCAGCUCCCGGGGGUGCAGAAGCAGGUGGUGAAGGUCGGAAAGAACGCGUUUGUCGCCCCGGCGGAACCCUCGAGUCCCAUCCACAGCACGCCGCCGCGUUCCAGCGGGAGGACGUUACGACGAAUUUCCGUGUCCCCCGAUUUGUCCAAGGCGCUGGCGCAGGAGGUGGCCAAGAUCAACUCCCCAAAAAUCCCGAACUUUGAGGAAUUGGAUAAGAAAAAAGCGGCGAAAGAACAGCAGUUUGCGUCCACGCCAAAGCCAGAAGUAGUGAACAAGAAGGUCGUGUUGAGCAAGGCAAAGGAAGCCAGUAAGGAGAAGAAGCCGGCACCAGCAUCAAAGGAGAAGGCUGACGAAAAAGAUUUGUUUAAGGAGGAUCCCGCUGACGACACGAAACCCGCUCCGAAGGCAAUGAAGGCAGCGCCAGCGAUGAAAAAGGCAGAGAAGGAAGUUAAGAAGGUAAUGAGCAAAAAAGACGAGCAAGCCAUGAAGAAAUCGCCACCACCAAUGGCUGCUGCAAAAGGGGGCAGUAAAAAGGACAAAGCAGCACCGGCAGCCGCAAAGAAGUCACCACCAGCAAUGAAGAUGAGCAUGAAAAAGAUGCAGAAAGCUCAUGCUGAGGCGAAGGCAAGUCCGAAAAUGGCAUCAUCCCCAAAAAUGGCAUCAUCUCCGAAAAUGGCAUCAUCGCCAAAAAUGGCCUCAUCACCCAAGAUGGCAGCCAUGAAAAAGGAAGCAAAAAAGGAGAAAGCUUCCAGCAUGAAGAAAGCCGCCGCGGCACCAGCGAAGGCGAAGCCAAAGAUGAGCAGCAUGAGCAUGAAGAAAGCCGGCGCGACUGCAUCUUCCUCACCAAAAAUGGGGGUGAAAAAGACCGCCAUGAAGAAGAAGUGAAUUCUGCUGCAACAGUUUUCUACAAAAUAAAUCUUGAGAAUACAGGGCAACGGGUUCUUGUAGAUGUGCAUUUGUUGAUGUAGUAGUCUACUACAACCGUGUCGUCGUGUAAAAAAAUAUCAUACUUCUUUUGUACCUGUAACAUAAGGUCUGGUGAUGUCACCGUAAUAAACAAAUAAAACGAUAACGUGCCGCAUAAUGUGAUUAAACUUUAACAGUAUACUAUCAACGUGUCAUGCAACGUCGCAUUCGCAGUGACAGUGUAUACGAUUUUCUUAUCAUAGCUACCCACACAGAAAUUUGCACCACUUGCGCUACACUUCCGUACAUACAAGGUCGAGGUGAUUCGUCGUCUCCAGAGUGGUCCCAAAUGCGAAUGUCUGAAAUUGAUUCUACCUCCCUUCCUCAACGCAAAAUGACUGCCACCUCGCUUCUUAUUCGUCGUUACACCGCGACGCGCUUGCGACUGAAC